AAUGAAAAAUUAUUAUCAAUUAUAUAUAUUUUUAAAAAUCAUAAAGAAAUUAAUUCCCACUCAUUGUGUUUGUUGCUUAAAGCUUGCACUCAAUCCUCUUCCCUUAUCUUCUUAUUCUUUCAUCUCUUUCCUUUUUCUCUCUCUAUAAUAAUUCAGAAAGGAAUUUGUUACAGCUAAUGGAAAGAGAUUUAGAGAGAGAAAGCAAGUGAAAACAUAUAGUGAUGCAUUAGACAUAUAUAUCAUCAUGAAUGAUGGUGUGGAUGGAAGCACAAUGCAAAGACCUAAUUUUCCACUGCAAUUGCUGGAAAAGAGGGAAGAAGAAGCUUGUUCGAGCUCGAAUCUCGCCGUCUGCGGCGGCGAGACGGCGUUGACGGCGCCGGAGGCGAUCAGGAAGCCGCCCCCGAAGCGGCCUUCCACCAAGGACAGGCACACCAAGGUCGACGGCCGCGGCCGCAGGAUCCGGAUGCCGGCGACCUGCGCCGCCCGCGUCUUCCAGCUCACGCGAGAAUUAGGGCACAAAUCCGACGGCGAGACGAUCGAGUGGCUGCUGCAGCAGGCGGAGCCGGCUGUGGUCGCCGCCACCGGCACCGGCACCAUCCCCGCGAAUUUCGCCUCCCUCAACAUCUCCGUCCGGAGCUCCGGCUCGUCGCUCUCCGCGCCGUCGCAUUUCAGGAGCCUCGGCUACUUCAGCCAGGGUUUUGCGGCGGCGGCGCCGCCGCAAUUGAACUUCGGCGAGAGCAAUCCGUUGUUAGGUUUUUCGAAUUCGAGCGCCGCGAUGCAUCGUGCCAAGCAGGAGCUCCGCGAAUCGGAGGCGGCGGCGGAGAGGCGGAGGGCGGAGGGAGAUCUGGCCGGGAACUACAUGCUGCAGUCGAGUUCGGGGUCGAUUCCGGCGUCGCAGGGGCAGAUUCCGGCGACCAGUUUUCUCACGGUGAAUGCGAGCAGCAGUCAUUCAACGAAUGGUGAAUCGUUGUGGCAGUUUCCGUCAAUGGGAAAUUCCGGCGUGCACAGAGGGCGUUUCGCGAAUCUUCCGACGACGCCGAUGGCUUUGUUUCCGGGGCAGAUUACGGCCAAUGGUGGCGCAGGUGGCGGUGGAGCGGCGGUGGACGGGCACCUAGGCAUGCUGGCAGCUCUCAACGCGUUUCGGUCGUCGAUUCCGGCCGGCGGCGGCGCCGCCGGAGCUCAUGAGAGCGGCCAUGAACAACUACAUAUCGCAGCUACUCAUCGCUCUUGAAAACAUGAUCGAUUAAAAGAAUUCAAGUAGUGUAUGAUUUUGUGCCCUAAUCUUGAAUUUUAUGAAGUUCUUGACAUAAAUUGGGGUUAUAUAUAUCAUGCAUAUAUCAUAUGAGUGUUUAUUUAAUUUUGAUUGAGUGAAUUAUGAAUA